AGUAAAAAUGGAGAUCGUUUUGCACGGAAAGAAUUGCAUUUUGAACAAUCUUUAUCCGGUGGUAUUGAAGUGAAUUUAUAUCCAGAUCAGAAGAUGCAAAAAAUUAUCGGCUUUGGUGGUGCUUUAACCGAUACAUCUGGAUACAAUUUUAAUCGUUUAUCGCAUCAACUACAAGAACAUUUGAUUCGAGAUUAUUUUGGUGCAAAUGGUAUCGAGUAUUCAGCUGUUCGUGUUACGAUCGGUGGUUCGGAUAUGUCACAACGUGAAUAUUCUAAUGAUGAUUCCAACGAUGAUGAUACAGAAUUUCAUCAUUUUGCUCUCCAACAAAAAGAAGAUUUACAAUACAAGAUUCCAUUUUUGAAAAAAACACAAAGUACAAAUCAUCAUAUGAAAUUAUUUGGCAGUGCAUGGAGUGCACCAGCAUGGAUGAAAAACAAUCAUGAUUUAGGCAAUGGUGGUCAUCUACGAGGUCAACCUGGUGAUAAAUAUCAUCGUGCAUUUGCACAAUAUUUAGUGAAAUUUAUGAAAGCCUAUCAACAACAUAAUAUUUCGUGGUGGGGUUUGACCGUUGUAAAUGAACCGGGUAAAUUUUCCCUAAAUAGUUUAGAAAUGAGUGGUGAAGAGCAAAAAAAUUUUAUCAAAAAAGAUCUUGGUCCAGAAUUGGAAAAUCAAGGAUUUAAAAAUUUUAAUCUAAUGAUUUAUGAUUGGAAUAUUCCUGGAAUGAAACAAUUUGUCGAAACCAUAUUACGUGAUCAUGAUGCUGCUAAAUAUGUAAAAGGUAUUGCUUAUCAUUGGUAUGCUUCGAAUGAUCAAAAUCGUCAUGAUUUGAAAGCAAUACAUGAAGAAUUUCCCAAAUAUUUUGUAUUAUCCACUGAAGCUUGUGAAGGUUUUGGUGGCGAUAGUCUAGGCGUAUGGCAUACUGCAGAAAAUUAUGCUAAUGAUGUAAUCAAAAGUUUAAAAAAUUAUGUUACCGGUUGGAUUGAUUGGAAUAUGAUUGUCGAUAUGCAUGGUGGUCCUAGCUGGAUUAAUCAACAUCUGAAUGCACCAAUUAUUGUCAAUGCCGAUAAUCAUGAAUACUAUAAACAACCUGCAUUCUAUGUUCUUGGUCAUUUUAGUAAAUUUCUUCCACCAAAUUCUGUUCAUAUUCAUUUGACAACAAAUUCAAAUCAUUCUGAUUAUGAUUUAAUCGCAUUCGAACGUCCAGAUGGCGGUACUGUUAUGAUCAUCUUUAAUAAAGGAAAUAAUGAACAAAAAUUUUUGAUCAAUGAUCCACGACACGGUAAAUCACAUAUUCAUGUACGAGCACAUUCAAUACAAUCAUUAAUUUGGUAUUGAACAAUAGGUAAUCCCGGAAAUUUGCUGAAAACAAAACAAAACAAAAAAAAAUUCCAUGUUUUUUCAUUUGUAUUCACACAAAAAAAUAAAAAUGA